AUGUGUCCCAGAUGUGGGGCAGUUUACAACAGGGAAUUGGAUGAAGCGUUCGAGAGAAUUCCAUCUAACCAAGGUUGGAAUGGACACGGAGGUAACCAGAAUAUGUACAUAUUCGACAAGAGGGGAGUUUCUAGGAGGCAAGACAGCCCUCACCCAAGGGUGAAAAAAGUUAUGUUUAAACUUCCGGCAGAAGUCCCUGAGGACAAAUGGACUCAGGAGGGGUCAAGAAGGGAAAAUGGAGAAGUUUUGAGGAUGGAGGAAGAACCUCUUGGGCCUAUAGAAAACAGUUCCGGGCAUCUAAGAGAGAGGCUAUCAGACUGGAGAACUACAAAGGAAAGAAUCCCAUGUCAAGGUCCCAGUGGAGAAGACGUCAGAGUUCUGCCAUACGAAUAUAAUCAGGAGACGAAGAUUGAAGAUAAUGAGGAAACAGAUGUUGUGGAGAUGGCGAAGCAUAAACCUGUGUGUUACUAUGUUCUCAACAACGGCGCUAUCGAAGAGCAGAACGCUCUUUUUGAAAGGCCUCACCAAGGGAUGCAGAACCAUCUCAAGCCCCUAUACAUUAGAGCUAAAGCUGAACAUGUGGGGUAUUAUAUAAAACCUAUUGAUUUAUACGUCUCUUCAUACUUUGAUGUCAUUAAGUAUAUGUUAUCGAAGCCAAUAAUGCACAGUCGAAUUGGCAAAUGGGCAUUAGCCCUCACUGAAUACUCUUUAGCCUUUAUGCCUUUAAGAGCAAUGAAGGGACAAAUAGUAUCAGACUUUAUUGUAGACCACGCAGUGGUCGAAAGUCCUCAACUUCAAGUUGAGUUGAAACCUUGGAGAUUAUUCUUCGACGGUUCCACUCAUAAGGAUGGAAGUGGAGUUGGGAUCAUGAUAAUUUCUCUUGAUGGAAUUCCAACAAAACUCAAAUAUAGAAUUGAAGACAUAAAACAUGUUCCUAGAAUAAAAAACCAAGAAGCUAAUGACUUAGCACAAAUAGCUUCAAGGUAUAGAACUUCACAAGAGAAGCUAGAGGAACUUGUCAAAGUAAGAGGAAAAGUAAUGGCUGCCAGAUUUUCUCCAACAGAUUUGGAAAGCACUCAGUUAGGAUAUGCUAACAAAGAAGAGUUUGAAGUACUGGCCAUUGAUACCUUAAUGGAUACAGAUUGGAGGAAUCCAAUUAUUAGUUAUCUCAAGGACCCUUCGAUAGAUACAGAAAGAAAAACCAAGUACAUGGCUUUAUCUUAUGUGUUGAUGGGGAAUGAAUUAUUCAAGAAAACCCCUGAAGGGAUCCUGUUGAAAUGUUUAGGAGAAAACGAGGCGUACUUAGCAUUAUCUAGUGUACAUAAUGGAGCCUGUGGAGCACACCAGGCAGGAAUUCAACAUGCUCCUGCAAGUGAGGUUCAUGCAAUUAUCAAGCCUUGGCCUUUCAGAGGUUGGGCCUUAUAUCUAAUUGGAGAAAUUCAACCUACUUCAUCCAAAGGUCAAAGGUACAUACUUGUAGGAGUUGACUAUUUCACUAAAUGGGUCGAAACAGUACCUUUAGUAAAUGUGGAUCAAGAAAUUGUCAUUGAAUUCAUUCAAAGGCAAAUAUUAUAUAGAUUUGGAAUCCCAAAAAGUAUAACAACAGAUCAAGGAUCAGUUUUUACUGGCCGUAAGAUGCAAGAGUUUGCAAAGGAAAUGGGUUUCAAAUUAUUAACAUCCACACCCUAUUAUGCUCAAGCUAAUGGACAAGUCGAAGCAGCCAAUAAAGUAAUAAUUGGUUUGAUCAAAAAACAUGUAGGGAAGAAGCCAAAAAAUUGGCACAAAACUUUAGAUCAAGCACUUUGGGCUAGUCGAACCUCCCCUAAAGAAGCUACUAACACCACACCUUUCCAACUUACAUUUGGACAUGAUGCAGUAUUACUUGUCGAAAUCUACUUGCAAUCAGUGAGAAUCCAAAGACAAGGAGAAAUUCCAUCUGACCUAUAUUGGGAAAUGAUGAUGAAUGAACUGGUUGAUUUGGACGAAGAAAGGUUGCAUGCAUUAGAAGUAUUAAGAAGACAAAAGGAGAGGGUAGCAAGAGCAUACAAUAAUAGGGUCAAAGGUAAAACUUUCAUUAUGAAUGAUUUAGUUUGGAAAGUUAUAUUACCUAUGGAUCGCAAGAACAAAACAUUAGGAAAAUGGUCUCCACAUUGGGAAGGACCGUUUCGAAUUUUAAAAGCAUUUUCAAAUAAUGCAUACGAAAUAGAAGAACAAGCAGGAGACUGA